UACCACUGGUUCCGCCGCCUCAGGAACCUCGCUCACUGGGAUCCUCACUUCUCUGCUGCGGGCGGGGGGCGGCGGCGGCGGCGGCGGCGGCAGCAGCAGCAGCAGCAGCAGCAGCAGCAGAGAAGGAGGAGGCGGCCGUGAUGCUGAGUUCCCGGGCGCAGGCAGCGAGGACGGCGGCCGACAAGGCCCUCCAGCGCUUCCUGCGUACCGGGGCGGCCGUCAGAUACAAAGUCAUGAAGAACUGGGGAGUGAUAGGCGGAAUUGCUGCUGCUCUUGCAGCAGGAAUAUAUGUUAUUUGGGGUCCCAUUACAGAAAGGAAGAAGCGGAGAAAAGGGCUGGUGCCGGGGCUCGUCAACUUAGGGAACACCUGCUUCAUGAACUCGCUGCUGCAGGGCUUGUCUGCCUGUCCCGCCUUCGUCAAGUGGCUGGAAGAGUUCACCACCCAGUACUCUAGGGACCAGCAGGGGCCACACACACACCAGUGCCUGUCCUUGACACUGCUGAACCUCCUGAAAGCUUUGUCCUGCCAAGAAGUCACCGAGGAUGAGGUCUUGGAUGCAAGCUGCCUGCUGGAUGUCUUGAGGAUGUACAGAUGGCAGAUCUCUUCCUUUGAAGAACAGGAUGCUCACGAGUUAUUCCAUGUCAUCACCUCAUCACUGGAAGACGAGCGAGACCGCCAGCCUCGAGUCACUCAUCUGUUUGAUGUUCAUUCCCUGGAGCAGCAGUCAGAAACGACGCCCAGACAAGUCACCUGCCACACGAGAGGGUCUCCUCACCCCACGUCCAAUCACUGGAAGUCUCAACACCCUUUCCAUGGAAGACUUACUAGUAAUAUGGUGUGCAAGCACUGUGAGCACCAGAGUCCUGUUCGAUUUGAUACCUUUGACAGCCUUUCCCUCAGUAUUCCAGCUGCCACUUGGGGGCACCCGCUGACGCUGGACCACUGCCUUCAUCAUUUCAUCUCAUCCGAGUCAGUGCGAGACGUUGUGUGUGACAACUGUACCAAGAUUGAGGCUAAAGGAGCGUUGACUGGGGACAAGGUAGAGCACCAGAGGACCACUUUCGUUAAGCAGCUGAAGCUGGGAAAGCUGCCCCAGUGCCUCUGUAUCCAUCUCCAGCGCCUCAGCUGGUCCAGCCAUGGCACGCCCUUGAAGCGGCAUGAGCAUGUGCAGUUUAACGAGUUCCUGAUGAUGGACUUCUAUAAGUACCGCCUCCUGGGACACAAACCCAGUCAGCAUGGCCCCAAAGCCAGCGAGAACCUAGGGUCUGCCCUGGAACUGCAGGACACACAAGCAGCCCCGAAGCCAGGUCUGAGCCAGCCAGGGGCCCCCAAGACACAGAUUUUUAUGAAUGGCGCCUGUUCCUCGUCUCUGUUACCAGCCCUGCCCUCCCCGGUGGCCUUCUCUCUGCCGGUGGCUCCUGACUACAGCUCCUCCACAUACCUAUUCCGCUUGAUGGCAGUUGUCGUCCACCAUGGAGACAUGCACUCUGGACACUUUGUCACCUAUAGGCGGUCACCACCUUCAGCCAAGAACCCUCUCUCAACCAGCAACCAAUGGCUGUGGAUUUCCGAUGACACCGUCCGCAAGGCCAGCCUGCAGGAGGUCUUGUCUUCUAGUGCUUACCUGCUGUUCUAUGAGCGAGUUCUGUCAAGGGUACAGCAGCAGGGCCGGGAGUACAGGGCUGAGGAGUGACAGGCCAGCCCAGAGCCGGGGCCCAUGGUGAGGCCCACAGUCCAUGCGUACACGUGCAAGCCAGCCCCUCUAGAGCCCCUCAGCCUUCUGUGUAUUCUGAGAGCAGGCUCCACAUGGGAGCCAGUCCUACGCAGCGCUGCCAGGGUGUACCAGAAGGUGUCCUCGUGUGGGGAUAGCAUCCAUUGUGACACAGGUCAUUAAAAGAAACAGACUCCAGGAGCCACCCUUUCUAUACUGUAAUAUGCUAGGUGUUAUCAGAGGGCACUGCCUUUGUCUGAUCCUCUGACAUUUCAGCAUAGAUCUUUAUUUUUUAAUAAGAGGCCCAUAAAUAAUAUUGACAAGAAUUAGUGAAAUUAUUAAAGGCAACAAUUCAGAAGAAAAGUGCCUUUCCCUUCCAGUUGUUCUGAGCACAGGCAUGACCUAAGAGUCAUGGGCAUGAUGUUGGGAAAGCCCUCGUGCUUCCCAGUUCCUUGGAGGUAAAAAGGAUGAUUAAGAAUGCCUCAACAGCACGGUGGCUCACGCUGGAAUCCCAGCACUCAGAGGCUGAGGCAGGAGGAUCACUGCAAGUUCUGGGCCAGCCUGGGCUACAUAGUAAAACCUUGUCUCCUUCCACAAAGCCUCAAGAACACCUCCCCACCUUAGGGUAUGCCUUUUGGAAUCUUCAGUUCUUUAUGUGUAGUCAAGGUCACUUGCCGAUCCCACCUGGAUGAGAGGUGGUCCUAGCCUCUUCCAAAACUGUGAUGUCUACACUGCUGCUCUCUGCUACCUAAGAUGGCUCGCUUGCUGUUAUCAGUUGCCCAUAACAGGGUUUACAGGCAAGAGCCUGGGCAAGGUGACCUAAGAGCUGAGCCGGGAAGAGAGUGCACUGGCCAGGACUGCAAUCUCUCUGAACCUUGCUUUCUUAGAGGUCAGUGAGAAGGAAAGCAGCGUGACGUCUGAACAGAACUGUGUAGUGGCAUCUUGUUCUGCCAGUGGACUUGGGGUGGUGGCCACACAUUAGGGUACACUGGGCAUUUUCUUCCCUUCUCAGAUAAGAUUCACAAAGCCCAGGGAUGGAGAAUCUCAAUGGCACAAUAGUACCUAUGUGUUAGCUAAAUUUGUAAUUAAAAAAUGAAACCAAACCAAAAUCGGAUUGACGCUUCUAAGAUUUGGAAGCAGACCUAUCCAGAGGCCGCUGAGAUACGGCCAAGGACGUGUGUUCUCCGCAACAGUAAGCUGACAGACAUUCCAGAUGUGCCUGGGCAUCAGCUUUGAGAUCAGGUCUCACUGUGCACCCUGAGGACUCAGACUCUGAGACUGCUGUGCUUGUCCCUCCAAGCCAUGGCUCCCACAGCAGGAGCGGCUGAACCACCUGUGCGGCCCAGGCGGCCCCCAGACCUGGCUUUUGGGCUGAGGCGAAUGCACAAGUGCUCGGUCACUUGGAUUACUUGUGAUCUUAGAUCACUUUGCAGGGCUGUAGGCUCCAGUCGUUGGUACUGCCACUCGUUCCAAGUCAGCGAGGGAGGAAGAGGUGACCAAGGACAAGUGUGGGAUGCUGUAAACCUGACCGAGUGCUACUGUCUUUCCUCAUUUUGUAAAUUAUUAGACAUUAGGUAGCGACCAAUGAUGAUUUCUAGGUUUAAGUUAUUCAUAGUAGGUAGCGUCUUCCUGGAAAAACCUAAGUUAAGCUAGUACUUAUGCUGUAGGCUGCUGAGUGUGGAGCUGCUAAAGGCAUUUUUGUAUCUGCUGUGUCUAUAGCAAUAAAGACGGUUUGUUAGGAAA